CAGUUUGGUGUUUCUCACGGUGAGGAAAACACCAGUAUCUGAUUACCAAUUGAGCAGCUUGCGGUGUUGUUCGGAUGGUUAGAGUGGCAGUUUGAGGUGUCAGGUGGUGUUGGGUUGCACCAGGCUUUUCCUGAGCACUGUGUUACAGUGCAUGAGGGCAGUAUCAUUUCACAUAUUAACACAGGUCAUGAUCUUGUCUCCGCAGGCAGCCAGAAGGAACGGAGGGAACGGGAGAGUGGAUAUUUCUCUCUAGGAAGGGCUGCAGGCAGCAGAGCGGUCCUUGAGCAAAGCCCUCCCUAUAGGCAUUCAGAGAGAGGACAUCCCCUGCCAAGCAACAAAAGCCCCGAACCCAAAGCCACCAUUCCAUUUCGAAACCCGGAUCUGGGCGUUGCUUCUGAAAGGAGGACCUCUGAGUUUCAGAAUGCUGAUCAAAUUGAAGAAAACUACCCUCCGGAGCCACUGGAUCUCAGUCUGGAGGUGGAAGCCCUUGCUGGGCCCCGGGCCCUGAGUCCCACUCCUUUCAAACAAGCAGAAUCACUCAGCGGCUCUGGUCGAAGAGCUGGACGGAAGGCCCACACAUCUCCCAUACGGCAGUAUGGAACACUCGACUCUCACCAAAGAGGUUCUGUCCUCUCCCGUUCUUCCUCACCUUCCCCAUUCAGACGGGCCGAGUCGAGCUCCUCUCUAAACACGGCUGGCUUUCGGUUGGGCGGAGUUUCGCAUGGACCCGAUCAGCCAUUGGUCAAUCCGACACGGAACAGCUACUCUGGAAAUCUCCGAUCAUUUGCAGGCACCGCAGGCACCGUCAGUAGCAUCAAUAAGUCUCUCUCUCACAUGGAUCUGCGAGGCACUUUACGGAAACCCGAGACCAACCGCUCCUUCCCAGAGAACCGAGGAAGCUCAUCUCCUUCCAAACACAGUUAUGAAGGUCCUACUUUGAGGAAAACCGAAACAAAAAGCCCUGGUCACAACAAACAGAGUUCCUUCUCCUCAGUGGGACGCAAUGAUUCAAGGAGCCAGUCACCUUCCAGACAGAGUUAUGAUAGGAAAACCGAAAUUAAAAGUCUUUCAUAUGAGCGUGGACCUGACAGACAGGGAAUCUCCUCCUCUUCCAUCUUGAAAAGCCACUAUGGUUCCCGAAGUCAGUCCCCUUCCAGACAAGGUUAUGAUAGGAAAACUGAAACAAAAAGUCUUUCAUAUGAGCGUGGUCCUGACAGACAGGUAAUCUCCUCUUCUUCCACCUUGAAGAGCCGCUAUGAAUCCCGAAGUCAAUCCCCUUCCAGACGGAGUUAUGAUAGGCAAACCGAAACAAAAAGCCCUUCAAAGGUGCAUGGUCCUGACAGACAGGGAGUCUCCUCCUUGAAGAGCUGCUAUAAUUCCCGAAGCCCGUCCCCUGUGCGAAGGAUAGAGAGCAAUGGGAUAUCAAGUCAGAUCCAAGAGAGUCGACGAAGUGCAUCUCCAGUCAGAAAGGGCUAUGGAAAACCAAGCCAAUCAGAUUCAAGAUCGAUGUCUAAUGGGUUGAGCCAUGAGAGAAAAAGCCCCUCCCCAUCAAGAAAAAGCUAUGAAAUGCAAAGCCAAGCCACAAUGAAAAAAACAGAAGCAAAAAGUCCCCUUCACAGCUACAACCGAGAGAGCCGACACAGUUCCCCAAGUAGAGGUCAUCACCAAAUCCCUGGCCCAUCAUCAUUUCGUAAGCCUGAAACGAGCAAAUCAUCAAAAAACCGUGGCUCUGAAAGCCGCAGUCCUUCCCCCUUAGCUCAUAGCCAAUCUCCUCCUCGCAAGUCAGAGAGUUUGUCUACACUGAGGCGUGAGAUUGCAGACCACGCCCCUCUGAGGAACACUGUGAGUGGCUCCGCCUCUUAUGUAAGAAACACAACACGUAACCAAUCACAGCAUGAUUCGCCGGGACCCUGGAGAGGCUCCGCCCCCUCUAUUCACAGCCAGUCAGUCUCACGAAACUCCUCCCCCUCACGCCACAGUAUUGAGAAGAAGCCAACUGGUUCCUUUACAAAAACCGCCUGGGAAAAGCCAAGAGAUGAAAGUAAGAAGAGCAGUCUGAGGCACAACCUAGAAGCACAGAGCUCCACGUCUGACAGCCGACGAGCACAGAGUCGACACAGAAGCCCCUCGCCUCCGGUCCAAAGACACACCUCUUCUCAGAGCUCCUUGGACUCCGAGUCGAGUCACCUCUCGGCCGGGUCGUCGGGUCUCAACCGGGAGGAGUAUGCCAUGAUGGCUGACCUUCCCAAGGUCAAAACGGUCUUCCAGAGGGAGAGUCCGAGCCAGCUGAGGAGGAUGGAGAGCAGACAGAAACGAGAGCUUUCCCGCUACAAACCGGCCAGUCACUCCCAGAGCAAAACUCCUUCGGAUUGGGAUGAACUGGAGGAAGACAGAGAAAGUGGUACACUAUCAAGGGCUCACUCGUCCAGCUCCCUACACACACAGAGAGCAAGCAGUCCUGUUGUGGAUCAGAUGGAGUCUGGCAGAAAGCUGUCCAGAGCGUCAGGACAGAAAACACACAGACCGUCGGUGUAUUUCUCCUGCACCGUGGAGCAGGCCGACGAAGAACCAGUGCAACAGGCACGUCACAAACACUCCACACUCACUCGACAUUCAAGAGAGCACUCACCCACUAAUUAAAAACUCUCAUCAUUUACUCUCCAUUGUUGUACCAUGACUGACC